CCGUGUCAUGGAGGCUCAGUCUCGCAGCAGCCAUUGAAGGGGAAGGAGCUGCGGGCGCGCGCGUGUCUCUCUGUGUGAAUGUGUGUGCGUGCCCGGGUGUGCGCGCGCGGGUGUGUGGACUAGAAGGUGGGGGCAGCCGAGUUAGUCCCAAGUCGUCGGACUCCAUUUGCUAUUCUUUUCUUUCUCCCCCACACCCGGGUGGUAGUGGGCGUCCGUCUUUGCGUCUCUUCUCAUUCAUCUCCAGACCUUUAGAGGUUCUUUAGGGUUGGGGAUAGUGGGGAGGGCAGGCGAGGGGAAAGGAGGAGGACAUGGAGAUGAAGAAGAAGAUUAACCUGGAGUUGAAGAACAGAGCCCCGGAGGAGGUGACAGAGUUAGUCCUUGAUAACUGCUUGUGCGUCAAUGGGGAAAUCGAAGGCCUGAAUGACACCUUUAAAGAACUGGAGUUUCUUAGUAUGGCCAACGUGGAAUUAAGUUCCUUGGCCCGGCUUCCCAGCUUAAACAAACUUCGAAAGUUGGAACUUAGUGACAAUAUAAUAUCUGGAGGCUUGGAAGUCCUGGCAGAGAAAUGUCCAAAUCUUACCUACCUCAAUCUGAGUGGAAACAAAAUCAAAGACCUCAGUACAGUGGAGGCCCUGCAAAAUCUUAAAAAUUUGAAAAGUCUUGACUUGUUUAACUGUGAGAUCACAAACCUGGAGGAUUACAGAGAAAGUAUCUUCGAACUGCUGCAGCAAAUCACGUACUUAGAUGGAUUCGAUCAGGAGGACAACGAGGCACCGGACUCGGAAGAGGAGGACGAGGAGGACGGAGAUGAAGAUGAGGAAGAAGAGGAGGAAGAGGAAGCUGGUCCACCUGAAGGAUACGAGGAGGAGGACGACGACGAGGAGGAGGAGGAUGAUGAUGAAGAGGCCGGUUCAGAAGUGGGAGAGGGAGAAGAGGAGGUGGGCCUUUCAUACUUGAUGAAAGAAGAAAUCCAGGAUGAAGAAGAUGAUGACGAUUAUGUUGAUGAAGGGGAGGAAGAGGAAGAAGAGGAGGAAGAGGGUCUUCGGGGAGAGAAAAGGAAGCGAGAUGCUGAAGACGAUGGAGAGGAAGAUGAUGACUAGGUCCCUCCAGGAUGAGGUCGCCUGACGCUCCUGGGUGUGCAGUAGAGCGACCAUGUCUUUGUUUCUUCAUGUACGAUAGCUGCCCCUAUAGGAGAUGAUGUGUAACCUUUUAUAGGAAAAGUGUGGUUUUACUGUCUCGGCCUUAUCAUUCCAAUUAAGAUUUGCUAGUCUGUUAAUCAUAAUGUAAGUAGAAAAGAAUUUUCAUCCAUCUUCCCAUUGUGAAAUUCUCUAGCACUGUAUUUAGAUUCUGGAUUUUUAUAAUUCAUGUUUAAUGUAUUAGACAUUUUUAGCCCAUAAUUAAAACAUGGUUGCUUUUACACAGGUGUAGUUUGGUGCAUUUCAUUCAUAAUGUUUUAAGGUUAUUCAUAGAUUAACAAAUUACAUUCAGCUGUAAUAUUAAAUGGCAAUAGUCUCUUGGAUGACAAAGCUGAUUGAUUUUUGUUUUUAGAGGUGGUCUAGGUAUCGAUAGCUUGAAGGCAGUUUUGGGGGCUGGGGUGGUAUUUGAGGACUGUCACAGUUUGGGAAGUAGAAACAGUGAGAGAGUUCUUUUCAGCAGCACAGGCCGUGAGCGCGGAGGUUCUCUUUAGUGACACCGCUCAAGGCUUUCACGAGAGUCUGGACUUUCUGGAAGUCCAAGCCCUUUCUGUGGGUGGUGCUGUACCAGCAGGCUGCUGGGCUUCAGGUGUGCAUUCUCCCUCAACGAUUCGCCGCCUUCAUCUUCCAUUGCUCCAUCCCUCUCCACAUCCUAAAGGAAACUGGUAAAGUGGACGCCCAGGACACUGCAGCCGUCUGUCUGGGAUUCAGACAAGUGAAGCGGGGUGGUGGAGAUGCAGAGAUGAGCACCAGGAGUGCUGGGAGACAGUCCUCGCUUCCCCUUGACAACGCUGAGGCUGUUAGGCCAAAGCAGCGCAUUCUCCUUCCUCAGAGGCCAGUCUGAGCACCUGCUGAGAACUGUGUUCAAGUCGUUUUCCUAGGUGGUUGGAUACCAACGCUGUGAAGUAUUUAUUAUAUUUCUGAGUGGAACCUUUAAUAUUCUUCCUAUAGUUUGAAAGUGUGAUCAAAUGUAGCAUUUGAUUGGAAUACAAUGGCAGUUGGAGGACUUUGAAAUCAAUAUUGGAGUUGGGGUUUAUUUCAGAUGGAUGUCUGUUAACAAUAACAUUUGGGGUAAGCCUAUGUGCUUCUUCAUGGCUACUAAAUAAACAUGAGGAGACAGGUCCCUUUUUUUUUUUUUUUUUUUUUUUUGGUUUUUCGAGACAGGGUUUCUCUGUGGCUUGGGAGGCUGUCCUGGAACUCACUUGGUAGUCCACGCUGGUCUCGAACUCACAGAGAUCCGCCUGCCUCUGCCUCCCGAGUGCUGGGAUUAAAGGCGUGCGCCACCAACACCCGGCUCAGGUCCCUUUUCUUUUGCCCUAGAGGCUCCAUGUUCUAGGCAAUUUCUUUUUAAAUCUUGGCUACUAAUUUUUUUCUUUUUGUAUAUCUAAGCUUUUUUUGUUUUGGGGUUAGUAUCAGCAAAUUAACUGAAGUUCUGCCUCUACUGGGACACAGAAAUUGUUCAUAAUAGUAGGACUAUUACUUUUUUAAGAUGUUUGACAUGGUAUUUUAAAAUAACAAGUAUGAAAUUAUUUGCAGAGAGGCUAACAAGGUUGUAUAUCUGACCGAAAUAAACGUGUGAUAUAUUCAGUGCCUGUACUGGGAUCUCCAAAGGACUAACAUUUUCCUCAUUUCAAUAAUUGGAAUGUGUGCUUUCUUGGCACACUAUGCCAGGUUCAAAGUAAAUGCUUAUUUUUAAAACGGAAAUCUAUAUAUUGACUUUUUUAUCAAUCAUCUAUUGUGCAAUCAAAAUUGGGUUUAAAAGCAAAUAAGGCCUCCAGAUAACUAUUAAGACUUAUUUAGCUUUGUGGGUGGGCUUUCUAUUCUGUACAAGUUCUGGGUUCUGUUUUAUCACUGUACCGCGUGUAUAAACAGUAUGUGAAGUCCUUAGAGACUUUGAAUUCUUUUGUGCAACUGUAUUUUGAAUAAAGCCACCACAGUGUUAAACACAA